GAGGCGGCUCCCUUUCUCUGGGGCCUGGGGAAGCCCCUCGACAUGCUGGGUGGGAAGGGAGGGGACAGCCCCUGACAGGGACCAAGCCUGUCUCUGAGCCCAGCAGCACUGGUUUUAGAAUCAGUCCCACUCAUGUCACAUGAGCUGUCGCAGAUGCCUCCUUCCUUCCCCUCACACGCUCUUGCUCACUUGCAGACAGCCUUUCCUUCUCCCAUCCCACAAACACCUGCUCCUUUGGGUGGCUGCUGGCCUCCUGACUUGUUCAUUUCCUCCCCAUCCCCCAGGACAGCAGAUGCUCUUUCCACCUUCAGAGGCCCCAGGGAGGCCCUGGGAGCCACUGUCCUGGUCCUCCGUUCUGGACUGCAGAGUCCCUGUGGUGACUGAGGAGCUGGCCCGGGAGGCCCUCCUCAGCUUUGUGAACUCCAAAUGCUGCUAUGGCAGUGCAGCCGCCGGUGCCCUCGUAAUCCAGGAGCUCAGGCAGCAGACCCUCUUCAGGUACCGACUGGAGACCUUCAGCGAAUCCAGGUUAAGCGAAUGGACAUUUCAACCCUUCACUAACCACUUAGUCGAUGGCCCACACAGAGGCACCUCGCCCAAGCUUUGGGACAUCAAGGUCCAAGUCCCCGCAAUGUUCCAGGAGGACACCAGGAAGUCCCAAGUGCCUCACUCCUCCCUGGUCAAGGACUGUCACAAGUGCUGUGGACAUGGGCGGUACAAAUGCAGUGGCUGCCACGGUGCCGGCACGGUGAGAUGUCCAGCGUGCAGCGGAGCCAAGCGCAAAGCCCGGCCGCCCCGGAGGUGUCCCAGGUGCUCAGGCUCCGGCAGGUGCAGGUGCAGCAUGUGCUCAGGGCGAGGGAGCAAGACGUGCUCCACCUGCAAGGGGGAGCGGAAGCUGGUGCACUUCGUCCAGCUGGUCACCAUGUGGAGGAACAGCCUGUUUGAGUUUGUGUCUGAGCCCCACCUGGACUGCCCCAGGGAGCUCCUGGCCAAAGCCAAAGGAGAAAACCUCUUCAGGGAUGAGAACUCGGUGGUGUACCCCAUUGUGGACUUCCCCCUGCGGGACAUCUCCCUGGCCUCCCGGAGGGGCAUCUCACAGCACAGUGCAGCCCUGGCCUCCCGGGGCCGCAUCCUGCAGCAGCGGCAGACCAUCGAGCUGGUCCCCCUCACAGAAGUUCAUUACUGGUACCAAGGAAAGACUUCUGUUUACUACAUAUACGGCACUGACCACCAGGUGUACGCAGCGGCCUACCCUGCGCGGUGCUGCUGUGGCUGCACCAUCGUCUGACCACACAUCUGUCAGGGCCCCUCCUCACCUGCUGGGGUGGGUGCUGACGUCUGAGCUUGCACACAGUUGGCCACGUUGGACAGCCACAUACAAACCCUGCAUUCCUUCCAGAAAGGUCAGCGGAGCCUGUCUCAGCCACCCACAGGGUUCACCUGCCAUGCUCUUUUGGGACAGAAGCCAUUUCCCUGUGGCGCGCAACAUACAAACAUCCCUCUGGUGCUCAUGUAGGGGUGUUACUUAGUUAACACACAAAAGGCUCAUCAGUUACUAUUGGAAUGCUAAUUUUCAUUUAGUAUUCUGCUUGUUCUUUGAUUCCCCCCCAUACCUUAUUUGGAAUGACUUCUGACCAUCUGCUCUUAACAGAUUGGUGCAUUGUAAGUGAGUAGAAGGAGCUGAUAAUUUUCUUACCACACCUCACGUAGGGAGUCUGAACACUUAAACACAUGUAUUUUCUAAAAAUGACUUUCUUCUAAUGUCUGAUUUAUAUUUCAACUUAAUGUUGCUUUCUAAAAAAUUAUGUAUAAGCGAGCUGUGUAUAAAUUUUAUUUAGGACCCAAAGGAAGCAUCGUGUAUGUUAAAGUUGACCUAAGGGCCCAUACACAGUGUUGGCUUGUAAACCCAUUAGGAAGUUCCUCACUGAGAGGAAGUGGAUGGGAAACAGAAGGUGCCUGUGAGCCCUCAGCCAAGGGGUCCUUGGAUCAGACAGCUUUGGUGAAAUCCCAGAUGGAUACGGGGUCUCCCUACCAUUCCACAGCUGUUUUGUGGUUUCCCCUGUAGGAUCAGGUUUUUGUGACCUUUGCUGCCUUGGAUCACGGGACACCUCAAACCCUACGACUGGCCACCAGGGACUUUGGCUUGGCCUGGUUCUGUUUUGUUUCAGAAGAGCAUUACACUCAGCUCCAGUUAGCAGAGGCUGGGGCGCAAAGAAGACUGCAAACUGGGCGGGCAGAAGCCCUUCCUGUCUUAGGAGGGACAGACAGCCUUAAGUCUGUCUGGGGUGAUGUCCUGGAGCUAUCUGUGCUUUGUCCCAAAUGGCAUCUCAUGUCAAAGAGAAGAGACUGGGACAGGAUCUUUUCCCCACUGAGCCAGCCCUGUGCUUCCCUUCCCUGUAGUUGUAGUUGGGGUUGCAGGCUUACUGUACCUGUACACAGUGGUUGGUAAAACAAGAAUUUGGGUGACCUUGGGCUUCCUGCAGAGCUCAGGGGAGGCCCGGGGUCCUGGAAUGGAAGAGCGUGUGUGUGUGGUGUGUCUAGGAGGACGGUCACCGCUUGGGAAGCAGGAGGGACUUCUUGCCCCCACCUGGUGUUCUGUCCUCCCCUCCCUGUCCUGUCAUUCUCUAAUUCCCAGUAUCCCAGCCUUCAACACCAGGUCAGUUUGAGACCCAUCAGGCUUCAGUUUCUAGUGCCCAGGGAGCCCUUUACAUGGAGGACGAUACGUUUUCGGUCGGGGUAAAUGGCUCAGAGGCUUCUGUUUCUCAGCAGGGAAUAACCUUCUUGGUACGGUAGUUUGGAUGUCGCUGCUUUACACUCAGAGUUUCAGUAUCUGCCCUGUUUGCUUGCAUUUAAGGCUCUGCUUUGGUACAUUUCUUUGCUCCCCUCCCUCCCCACAUUGGGCGACAGAACUGAGAUUUCCAGCUAAAAGGAAAAUGGAAUUGCAGUAUGGCGGGAGAGUGAGCUAAUCUUGCAGGCUAAAAUUAGUUACUGUGCUUUUAGUGAUAAGCAGCUGUCCCAUGAUCAGAGGUAGGGAGUUUCAAGGGGCCGGGGCACAGGGUGGGGCUUUUUUGCAGGAGACACUUCAGUGUGGCAGCUGCUCGAGGUGACCUCUGUGGACACAGCCUUGGCUCACCCUGGCUCACUGUGUGUCACCACAUGGGUGCCGUCCACCUCUGCCACCGCCUGUUCUCAGAGGUCUUCGUGACCAUUCAGAUGGGGGUUGGGACUCUGCCCUGGUGUCUGUGGUGUAGUGGACACACGUUCCUGGGAGAUGUCAGGGGCUGCCAGGUGUGUGAGAGGCACAGGGAGGCACUUGCCACAGCGAGAGGGAGGUCAGACCCUCAGCCAUGUGGUGUUGAUGGUAGGAUGUCCAGGCUCGGACCCUGAGGUCCUGUGGCUCAGGCAGCGGUUUCCAACAGCCAGGCCAAGCAUUCGGCCCCUCUGUGCACCAGGCUCAUUUGGAAGGAUGCCAGGCCUCGGACUCCCAGUCCCAUGCAUAGAUUUUUGGGGUAAUGGUGGCUGGAAUUCUGCAUUAUUAACCAGUGUUGAGGACUCAUAGGCAGUUUCAGAACAGGAGAUUAGAGUCAAAUUAGCUGGACUUUAGGAUCAGAAAUUCCAGCCUCUAGUAGUUAUCUUUGUGCCCGAGGCAACCAACUUCACAAAAUAGAGGUUUAUCUAGCUCACAGUUUGGAGGAUCAAAGACCAAGACAGAGGAGAGGGGUCCCACUGAUCUCACCUCUGGUGAGGAGGGAGAAGAGGAACCACAGCAGUGGCUUCAAAAUGAACACAGAGAGACACUAAGAUCCCAAAGUCCCCUCCAUGGGCACACACCAUUAACCUGAGGCCCUAAAUCUAAAAGCUCUACCACCUCCCAGUAGUGCCUUCCCAUGAACCAAGCCUGCAAUGCAUGGACCCUUGAUGGAGGUCAGCACAAUCUUCAGUUUCAGCACUUAGCUCAGACUGGAGAGUCCUCCUCCAAGCCUGUUUCUUCAUCUGCGAAGGAGAUAACCCUCGCUGGCUCACAAGGCAGUUUUAGGGCUCACACAUGACCACAAGACAUCAAAUGUGUAAGUGCUUUGCAAACCAAAGCAAUAUUUGCAAACCCAACAUUUUUCUGCUUAGGGGCAGAAAAGAGGAAUUUAAUGUUCCUGUUGCUGUUGACUCUGCCCACCAGAGGGCAGCAGAUGCACACAAUGCAAACUCCGGACCUGCUUGUUUUAGGAGUUCAAAGUCCACGAUUAACCUUUACUCAGCCCAAGGACACCUGGGUUCCUGAGAGGUUCUAGAGCCUCAGGAAAAUUGAGGCAGCUCCAGAAAGUUUCUUCAGAACUGGUUUAGUGUGUCUUUUGUUAUCAGUAGGCUCCAGUUAAGGUAUUUUAUUCUUUCAAAGGCAGGACAUCAAGAGACACCAUAGUACCAUUUAGGAAUCCAGGCUGAGAUACCAAACUAAAAAUUUUCUGUCUAGGUUCACACCUUAGCUCUUUUUUCCCCUAGUGCUGGGGAUUGACCCCAGGGCCUUUUCACUGAGCUACAUCUCCAGCCCUUUUUUUUUUUUUUUUUU